ACUAGCGUUGAAGUUUGAAUGCCUAAUCCAGCAAUCCGGGUCCGCUACUGCCUCCGGUCGUUCCUCGGCGGCCCGCACUCACCUCCGCCGCCGCGACGUCAGCCGGAGCUGCUCGCGCCGUUCGACCUCUCCCGCCUCCGCGUCACGCUCUCAUCCCACCCGCUCACCCCGCGCCGCCUCGCCCGCCUCCUCGCGCUCCCGCUCUCCCCGGCCACCUCCCUCCUCCUCGACUGGUACGCCGCCUUCCACCCCCCGCUCUCCCUCUCCUCCCUCCCGCUGCGCCCCCUCCUCGCUGCCGACGACCCCGACCGUACACUCGCCCUCCUCGACUCCCUCCCGGCCUCCCGCAUGCCCCCUCUCCGCGAGUCCCUCCUGCUCCCGCUCCCGCUCUUCCGCUCCCUGCCCGCCGGCCGCGCUCUCCACCUGCUCGACCAAAUGUCCCGAAGCCCCGUCACGAGCACAGAAGCCCCGUCGUGCCCACCCCCGAGCGCAGGAGAAACACAUCAGUUCUAGAUGUCCCCUCCGCCGCCGACCUGCCGUGGUCGCCUUCCUUGCCUGCAAGAUCGACCAACGGAUCGGGUCAGCAAGCGCGACAACGAGGGAGAUUCGACAAUGGCGAGCACUACGGGUUCUGCUAUCGCGAAGGGAGAUUCGAAGACUGCGAGCACUACGGGUUCUGCUAUCUCUGGAUCCCCUAUCCGUUUCACCCCGCGCGGUUCCAUGCUACAUGGAAAUGUCAACGAGUUCCACGGGUUUUGCUAUCCAUGUAAGAUCGGAUCAGAUCUGAGAGUAGUUUGGUUGGGUUCUUUCUACUUCUUGGUGGUAUUUACAUCGGGGUUUGAUUGAUUCCUUGGAGCAUAUUUGUACCUCUACGUCUGAAUGACAGUCUUUGGCUAGACCAUUCUUUUGAGCACGUUGAUCUUUCCAUCUCUUUUCUUUUGGAUUAACAGUUAUUCUCAUGUUGAAAUUGCUUUGAAAAUUGUUUCGUGUCCUUUGCCAAAAUUGUUUCAUGUCCUUGGCUUACAGUCUUUUCAAUGAUUUAUACAAUGAUAAUGUAGAACAAUCUUUGCAAUGGUCCACACAAAAACAUCAGACUUACAAUCAAUGGUUAGUCAGGAUAAUUAAUGAAAAAGAAGAUCAUGGAGGAGGCACAGAAGGUCCUCAAAUGCUCCAUGUGAGUAUGUGAAAUGACAAACAUUGGCUAGACCUUUCUUUUGAGCACGCUGAUCUUUCCAUCUCUUUUCUUUUGGAUUAACAGUUAUUCUCAUGUUGAAAUUGCUUUGAAAAUUGUUUCAUGUCCCUGGCCAACAGUCUUUUCAAUGAUUUAUAUAAUAAUAAUAAUGUAGAACAAUCUUUGCAAUGAUCCACACAAAAACAUCAGAUUUACAAUCGAUGGUUAGUCAGGAUAAUUAAUGAAAAAGACUACGGGGCAUGCUUUGCACUAUCUGAACUAUUGAGUGGUGGUGGGCAUAGUACGUCGUCUUUAGAUUGUUGGAAUUUAAUUAACAGACAUUACCAUUCAGUUCAGGUAGUGAGUUAUCAGAUUGUGGUGAAAAUUGUUACUAGCAGACAGAAUUUUGUCAGUUAAGAGAACUCAUUGCAGGAUAGUUUUUAUCCUAUAGUUGCUCAAGGUGGCCUUGGCUUGUGAAGAGUUUGAUUUAUGUCUUGAACUCGAUUUUCUCCGAAGAUUGUGCACUUAUGCUAUGGUGUGACUGAACAUUUGUAAAAUUGCUUGGAUAGUUCAAUAAUUAUUUUUAGAAGUAUGAAAACAAUUCGAUGCUGUGACACUGAUGGAAUUCGCCUAUUUUGUGGUAGAAGGAAAAUAGCUUUGACCUAAACUGGUUUGAUUUUUUCUCAUCAGAAAACUUAUCACUCUGGUUCUAUAAACUCUUCAUCCACGGCCAGGCCUCUCUCAAUCUCUCUCCAAUUCUAUUAACACACGCCUUCAUCCAAGGCCAGGUGUUGCUGCCCGUCAUCUCUGCUAUUAUGUCAAAUUAUAACUUUGUGCAAGUCCACUUGCUUUAUUGAAGUGAGAAGAGAGCUGCUGAUACUGCCAUACCAUGUGCUUCGUUCAGUCGAGCGAAGCUAAUGUUUGCUGGUGGUGCGCAUCCCUGAAGGUGGAUAGGUGGUGUUGGGCGUGGACCCUCUGCUGUUUCUCUGGGCCACUAACACGUAAGGUCAGAUCCGUAUGUAUUGAGCGUGCGUUACGACAGAGGAUCCGUAUCCAAUGGUGUUGUGGUGGGGUAGAAGGAAGAAGCUUCGGCAGUUCGGGAUGGGUCACGGUCACUGGAUGGAGAACUGAGAAGGCGAUUUGGCCCACGUGAAUUCUUGUUUAAUUUGGUUCAUAUAUGCCUCAAUAUGCUAGUAUCUGAGCUCAGCCGACAAUUUGAUAAGUAGGUUGAUGUUUCCUUGUCCUUGAGCACAACAUGAUCCGUUUGUGUUCAGGUUGUAAGGGAACUGCAAUUCACCAAUGUAGGAAAUUUAUUUUGCGCCU